UUACACUUGGCACAAUGCAGUCAGGCAAGUACCAUUCUCCUGGCAACCACAAACCCUGACACGUUCAUUGGCUUGCCAGACAGUGAAGAUCGUCUAGGUAAGCCAGUACUUGCUGCAUCCGCCAUAAGACCUUUGUUUCCAUUGCUGUGGGUGGUAUCUGUCUCCUCUCCUGCUAUCCGAACCUUGGAUCCCGGUGGAGGUUUGGAUGUGUUCACAGCCAGGAAGCACAAUACCACUGCUUGCCACCAAUAUAAUGUAACCGACCCAGACUGCGCUUGAGUACUUCCGUUAGAAUACCGCUUCCCUCCCUUUCACAAAUGUUUGUAGAAGCAGUCUGCAUGCCUAG